ACCCUACCCCAUGGCCUUCUUCUUCCUUGCUUGCAAAGAAUCUCAUCCUAAGCUCAGGCGAUAACCAACAACAAGUUUUUGCUUCUACUCUUUCCCCACUUUUUUCUGUUUAAUUAAUUUGUUGCUUCCAUUGCUGUCGUUUCUUCUUAUUUAAUCUUUCAGCUCUACUGUGCUGUGCAAUGCUGCUGAGCUCUGUGAUUUCAAAUAUGGCGCUUUCUGGGCGCCCAUCACUGCCUUCCCUCUUUCUUUUAAUUCUGUUUCUGGUUCCUCUUAAUUACGCCAAUUCAGGAGGGAUUAAGUUCGAUUUGAUUCACAGGAAUCAUCUGGAACGAAAUUCGCUGCACGGCGGGCCUCAGCUCAGCCGCCUGAGUCGACUGAUCGCCGGCGACGUCGUUCGCCUGCGGGCGAUUUCUGAUAGACAGAGCUCGAGAUUCAUCAACAAUGGCGGAUUCAGGAGACGGGUGCAGGAGAGGCGUACGGAUCGCCCGAAUUGCAGCGAUGGCGGAAGAAGUUCUUCUAAUCGCCGUCACGAUGUCGCCGGCGUGUUGCCGAUGAAUUCGGCGGCGGACUACGGGGUCGGGCAGUACUUGGUCCGGUUCAUGGUGGGAUCGCCGCCGCAGAAAUUCGCCCUGAUUGCUGACACCGGAAGUGACCUGACAUGGAUGAACUGUAAUUACCGGUGCCGGGGAUUGGGGCCGCGGCCGGCCUGCCGCCGGAGAAUGCGCGCCGGCGUUUUCCAGGCGGACCGGUCCGCCUCUUUCCGGACAUUGCCGUGUUCUUCAAGUCAAUGCAAAAUUGACCUCGCCGGAAUGUUUUCCCUGUCCCAGUGCCCGUCGCCGGCGGCGCCGUGCGCCUACGACUACAGGUACUCCGACGGAUCGGCGGCGGCGGGCAUAUUCGCAAACGAGACAAUCACAUUCACCCUGUCGGACCGGCGGCGGACAAAGCUCCGCAACGUUUUGGUCGGCUGCACUCAGACGGCCGGCGGCCAAAGCUUCGUCGCCGGCGACGGCGUCUUAGGGUUAGGUUACAGCAACUACUCGGUGGCGGUGGCGGCGGCGCGUCGAUUCGGGGGGAAAUUCUCGUACUGCCUGGUGGAUCAUCUGAGCCCUAAGAACAUCUCAAGCUACCUCGUGUUCGGCUCGCCGGAAUCCUCCGCCGCCGCGGUCUCCGUCAGGAAGUUGCGGUACACGCGCCUCGUCCUCGGCGCGAUUCCGCCGUUCUACACAGUAAACCUAAGAGGCAUUUCCAUCGGCGCGUCGAUGCUCGGAAUUCCGCCGGAAACGUGGAAUCUUAACGGCGUCGGAGGAGUGAUACUCGACUCGGGUAUGAGCCUAACGGCGUUAACCCUGCCGGCGUACCGGCCGGUGAUGUCAGCGCUGAAACGGUCGCUGGCGGUUUACCGGCGGUUGGAUUUGGACAUUGGACCGUUGGAGUACUGCUUCAACUCGACCGGGUUCGACGAGUCGGCGGUGCCGAGGGUGGCGUUCCACUUCGCCGGCGGGGCGAGGUUCGAGCCGCCGGUGAAGAGCUACGUGAUCGACGCGGCGGCGGGGGUGAAGUGUCUGGGAUUUGUGGCGGCGGCGUGGCCGGGGGCGUCGGUGAUCGGAAAUAUUAUGCAGCAGAAUAAUUUGUGGGAAAUUGACCUCGUUAAUGGCAGAUUAGGGUUUGGGGCAUCUUCGUGUACUUAGCAAAUUAAUUUCUAUUUCACCACUGCUUGCUUGAUUCAAUCAAGAAUUAAUUAAUUACUCAAUUCAAUUGUAUACAAUACAAGAAUGUCUUUUUAUAGUAAUAAUUUUUUUUUA